AUGGCGUUGUUACCGAAAUCAACGGCCGAAUUCACCGAUCCGAAAUACUGGAAAAAUUUCUUCGCAGCGCGGAAGACACCUUUCGAAUGGUACGGUGAUUAUGGUGUGUUAGGCUCAGUUUUGGAAAAGUAUCUCAAGUCGUCUGAUAGAAUUCUUCAGAUUGGCUGUGGUAACUCACAACUGGCUGCUCAGAUGUACGAUAAUGGCUUUCGGAAUGUCCACAGCAUCGAUACUGAAUCAUCGGUGAUAGAGGCGCAACAGCUCAGAAAUCGUGAACGUUCCGAAUUAGAAUUUUCAAAGGAUGACGCAACUUCGGUCCGUAUUUUUUUAGCAUAA